CCCAGCUUAUCCACAAACACUUCCCAAAACCGAUAUUGCACAAGGAGUUGUUCAUACAUAACAGUCUUAUCAACAUUAUAUUUUUAGUGCGGUCACACCAAAAUCGAGAUGCCUACAGAGGAAGAAUUAAGAGCAGGGCACUCAAGAACAAAGAAAGAGUAUGCUCUUCCUGGAGAGGAUGGCACUCUGUCCAACCAGAAAAGACAGGCCAGACAAGUACAAGAAGAAGGUGAAACACAUACUGCAUAUGAAGGGGAUGUGGUCGUUGGAGAGAAGGACAUUCAGAAUACAAACAGUUUCCAUCCUCGGUUCAAACCUGUUUUAAUUGGCAUUAACAUAGAUGACACAUCUGACAGACGCCAGUAUGAGCUUGUGCCCAGAAAAGAGAUUUAUCCUAGUGUGAAGCAGUUUCUUGAAGAAAUAGAGAAUGAGAAAAGUUCACCUCCUGCAAAGGAAGAAACGCUCAGGAUUUUCCAGAAAAUUGUUACUCAUCCUGAAAGUGUUUGCUCUGUUUUCCAUGUCAACAGUGUGACAUAUGUGUUUAUACUUGUUGAAUGUUCUCCAGAAGAUGGAAGUUUUGCUGCAUCAGUUCAAGGGCACGAUAAAGUUCUGGCACUCAUAUAUGAUGCAACAAAUAAAAGAUUUGUCUUGGUGCUCUUUGGUGAUAUUAAGGAUUCAAUUGAGUGGAAACAAAAAUACAAUCAACAGUUUAUAACAUUAUAUUCUUUAUCUAUGGACGAGGACACAAGCCAGCAAUAACAGAUUUUCCUUCCAACUUUCCCUUUUUGAAGAUAUUGACAGCUUUGAAUGAAGAUGCAACAAAAGCAAUGCUGAGGGAUGGGGAUAUACGGAAACGUAUUGCCGUGGCAGCAAAACAG